AUGGCUGCACUAGCAUUGCUCGUAGUGGAAGAUGCUAAAUGUAAAGGUACCUUCCUUAUCUGUGCUGUUGAAAUUUCACAACGACUUGCAGACUACAAAUUCAGAGCCAAGUUCCUUGAACUUGCCAAGGAUGCUAAAAUCUCACAAAAAGAUUGGUGUGAGGAUAUUUUGGAGAAGAUUGAUUCGAAGAAAAUAUUCAAAACCAUGAGAGUUUCCCCAGAAGAACGUUCGAAAUUUAUUGGACUUUGUGAGAGACAACUCCGUCCAUUGUAUUCCCCUGAAAAAUUGGGAAGUAGUAGUCUCUUGGAUUUGUCGACUCCACUUCCGAAGAACCUCAAACCGUGGCCUAGCGUAAUAGGACAAAGAUACAUGUCGCUUAAUCAAAAAAUUGUACCUGAGUAUGAUGUGGUCUCGGAAAAUAGCAAUGACUUGGAUUCCUCGGUCAGACUUCCCACUCUCUCGCAAACGGAUUAUAUGUCUUCGAAAUUUAAGCAUUCUGCCAAACAUGUAAUAUUAAUGAACCGAAGAGUGUUAAUGACUGCAAGGCCAAACGUGGCAGUAAGUUCUAAAAACAAAAUAGGUAUCUGCUUUCAUGGCAGCAACAUAUUAAUGAAAGUUGGCUACACUGCUGGAUACGAUAGCAUGGGUAAAACAGUUCGUGUAGCAGGUUUCGAAGCAGAUGGCAGGCCAUUUUUCGAAACAUCCCCAGAGCUUGUAGUCCGCAGUGAAGACGGCAAGCGGGUACUUAAGAUAGGAUAUGAUGCUAAUGGAAAUCCGAUUCAUGCUCGUUUUGACAAACGACACCAAAAGGUUUCAUUCCAGUUCUACUUGAACCUUCAACCUUUUUUGACCACGAAACGUAAGAUCUUACCUUUCUGUAACCCAGGAAUAGAGAAAGCACCAACCCGGAAUUUAGUGGUAGCUUGUUGCGAGCUUUUGAAGAUGAUGAAGAAGGAUGAAGGCGGAAAGAGAAUUGGGGUUAGAAUGGGAAGCGCGGUUAUUUAG